CUAGUGCGUCUGAAGGAAGGCCACGCGGAGCUGUAGCCUUCGUGCCUCAUCGAGUGUGACGGCCUCUUGCAGAGCGGCUGUGAUCACGCAGAGUCUCAUAUACGUGACUUCGUCCGCUGUCGAGGGGACAGGCUCGCCGCCUGACGAUGCCGCGAUGAUAGCAGACGCGACGAAGCUGUCGACCUCCGCGCCCAGGUCGCCUCCCACUCCUCCCUCCGAGGACAGAUCCUCCCUCGUCCACGUCACGAUAUCGAAGAUGUCCUGGACGGCCGACACACGAUCAGAAGGGCCCAUCUCAGACAAAAAGGUACUGCGGACGAGGCAAUACAGCACGUUAGCGGCCGCCAGCUGACAUUUCUCGUUUCCGCUAUCCACCAGGCGCAUCAAGAGGCGACGGAAAAGCUCCUUCUCUUUUCCGAACCGCACGGCCAGCCGCUUGACGAAUGCACUCGUCACACGGUCAGCGAUGGCUUUGGCUGCCGAGGUGAACGUUUCGAUAUCGUCAGAUAGCAGGCCGUCCACCAGCGCAUCGGUGUCGACGGGUGAUGAGGGCUGCGGCGAGGGGGAGCAGGGCGGCGAAGGAGGCCCUGACGCCGAAUGGAUGUGCGCGGUUGUCUUGUGCUUGGCUGGGCGGUGCGAUCGGUCCGGUGCGGCUGAGCUGCUGCACACUUUGACCGUCUUUGGGAGCGACUGGAUGAAUGACGUCACCUGAACAAAAAGGCCGGAGGGAAUCAGAGAGGCAUCUGUGCAUCCAUCGACUCAUCUUGUUCGGUCGUGUGGUUUCGUUGGCUGCGUCGCUCACCUCUGUCGGCAGGUCGCGACGGCGUCUCAGCUGCUGUAUCGCCUCGCACUGGCAACAAACCACACAGGUAGACACGGACACGUCGCGAUCGUCCUCAUCGGUGCUCACCUGAACGAUUUGGUCGACGAAUGGGUUGCUGGUCGCCUUGCCCUCAGUGACCAACUCAUCACCAACACUACAGGACGGUCCACGACAUUCACAUACAUGCAGCAUUUGGCAGCCACCAAUGCACCCUGCCGCUCUCCCGCUCACUUGAUCAUCUGCUGCAGAAGCUUUACGAUAGCGACGACGAGUAAUCGCUGGCCGGCAUCAGCUGUGUGUGCAGCCACAGUUUCGGCCAAUAGCUGGCAGACAGCUUCUACCAGUCGAUGGCCUGCGUCGAUGUCGCCCGAUUCUGUGCAGGGAAACACAGCGCACUCCCAAGUCUAUCUCACAUGCCAGUUUGUGUCCCGUCCUGCGCCUCUCUUCCUCUCAUCCUGCCUGACCUGUAACUGAUCCUGCCGGUAUCUCCAAGCAGAAGAGCAUUGUGGCAACAUUCAUCUUACCCCCCAUGAUUGAGUUGGUG